AAUAGUUGCUUCUUGUAAUGACAUAUUUAAUUCCACCUUAAGUUUCUUCUACUUUAACAAUAAGAAUGCGCAUUAAGUAUAAGAAUAUACAGUACAUGGUGCCGGUGUAUUGUAUUUCCAAAUGUUUUCCAGUCUAUGAUAGUGAUGGUUUUUAUGUCUAAAAAGUAUCAACGGAAAAACUCCGUGUUGAAUAACAAUAGAAUGAGAUAGGCCUUUAUGUUUUGGACACGUUGAACGAGGCUGUACAAUAAAAAAGACGGUUUAUACGGACAUGUUAUUGGACAUUUUAUUUCAUGUUUGCUAAGUUUGUGCAGUACUGUCGUGAUACUUCCGGGUCAUGUGACUCCAGGGGGCGGAGCAAUACAUGCCAGCCCGGGCCGUGAUACGUCACGUCCUACUUUUCUUUUCAACUUCUCGUGCGUGAGGAAGAACUCAUGACACACAAAUACACCCACGCGCGUCCACUUUCAUAAAAGUUGGGUUGCUGUAUUCUUGCGUAGUUUGAGGCGAGCAUGGCCGGCGGUUCGGUGUCGGAGUGCAAGGAGUACUUGUUCAAGGUGCUUGUUAUCGGCGAGUUGGGCGUGGGGAAGACGAGCAUCAUCAAGCGGUAUGUGCACCAACUCUUCUCCCAGCAUUACCGAGCCACCAUCGGCGUCGAUUUCGCCCUCAAGGUCCUCAACUGGGACAGCAAGACGCUCGUUCGACUACAGCUUUGGGAUAUUGCAGGCCAGGAGCGCUUCGGGAACAUGACGCGGGUGUACUACAAGGAGGCGGUGGGGGCCUUCGUGGUUUUCGACGUGACCAGGGGUUCAACGUUCGAGGCCGUCUCCAAGUGGAAACACGACCUGGACAGCAAGGUGAAGCUAGCUAAUGGCGGUCCGAUCCCAUCGGUGCUGCUAGCUAACAAGUGCGACCAGAAGAAGGAAGGCUACAACAACACCACGCUCAUGGACAACUUCUGCAAGGAAACGGGCUUCCUGGGCUGGUUCGAGACAUCCGCCAAGGACAACAUUAACGUCGAUGAAGCGGCCAAAUUCCUGGUGGAAAACAUCCUGGCCAACGACAAGGGUUUGCCGUAUGAGGAGAGCAAUGGAGACCGCAUCAAACUGGAUCAGGAGACUGUGACGGCGGAGAGCAAGCCGGGCUGCUGCUAACACUCAAUGCAUCCCACGUUAACAGGCUCACACAAAAAAAAACAUACCCUUGACGUCGCCCCUUAAGUGCAAGCCAUGGCGGGAUUGUUUCGGGAAAGCUCCAGGAGGACUGAGGCUUUUUUUGACCUGCAGUUUUAUUUUCUAUUUUUUAAUAAAUAGCCAAAUGCUUCAUUAAUGGCCUCCAAGAUAGCGUCACAGUCUAUCAUCUAUCAACAAACAACUACCGGUACUUUUUUUUUUUUUUUUUUUUUUUUUGAGCAUUUACUCACCACUUUACAGUUAAUCUCAGCCCUCAAUACUUGAAGUUGGCUCAUCGGCCGUGGACUUUGCCUGACGACAAGGGCUCAGGCUUUAAUUAUUACCGUAAUUUUCAGACUAUAAGCAGCUACUUUUUUCCCUCAUUUUUAAUCCUGCGUCUUAUAGUCCAGUGUGGUUUAUUUGCUUAUUUAUUUGGUUAACACAGUGCUUCUCAAUUAUUUUAU